GCUAGUGACAAGCACCAUAUAUAUCUCUAUCUCUAUCCAUUGUGCUGGGACGACCAUAUAUAUCUCUCUCUAUCUGUUGUGCUAGGACGCAACCAUGAGAAAGGCAACUAUGAGGCUGGUGGCCUUGCAAAUGUGGGCCGUCAUGCUGCUCCGCAUUGGAGACGGAGGUCCCAUCCGAGACCUGGAUGCGCCGGAGGAUGUGGCCUUCUUUGACGAGCAGGACCCCAUUCUGCAGAACCUAUUGAAGGCCCUCAACAUCUCUGAGGUCCCUGUCCAAGAACCGGCCAAAGUGGAGCCUCCCGAAUACAUGCUGGAGCUCUUCCACCGCUUCACUCUUGACAAGAGUUCUAUGCCCUCCGCCAACAUUGUCCGCAGCUUCAAGAACGAAGAGCACCUCUGGCGACCUGUUUCCUCGCCCGGCACCCGGCGGUAUCCGCUGCUCUUCAACGUCUCCAUCCCUGACUUUGAGAAGAUCACUCUGGCCGAGCUGCGCCUCUUCACACUGGUGGAGCAGGACUGGGCGCUGUACGACAGCCUUGGUGGGAAGGUCACUAUCUUGGAAGUCUUGGAUCCUUUCCAUCAAGGCGGAGGCGUAGAAGGUGGAGAUGAUCGUAAGAGGAGAGUCCUGGCUUCCAGGCACACCUUUGGCACCGACAACGAGUGGAAGACCUUUGAGGUGACAGAGGCCGUCCGCAGGGCCCAUCGCCUCCAUGCCAACCUUUUACGCUUGGAGGUUCAGAUCGAGAACCGAGGAAGAGGAGGAGGAGAAUCCGACAAGAGAGCGGAAAUCAACCUCGACUUGGAGGCCAAGCACGAGCCAUUGCUGAUCGUCUUCUCUGAUGACCGAAGCCAAGCCACGAAGGAGGCCCAGCACCAACUCAAUGAGAUGAUGGACCAUGAAGGGAUGCAGGAGCUGACGAUGACAGAGGAGGAGGACCUGCUUCAGGUGCGUUCCAACCUGAUCUACGACUCAACGUCUCGCAGGCGGAGGAACGCCAAGGGUGGCGGUGGCUGCAAGAAGGUCUCCCUCCACGUGGACUUCAAGGAGAUCGGUUGGGACUCCUGGAUCAUCGCCCCGCUACACUAUGACGCCUUCCAGUGCCGCGGGGCCUGUGCCUUCCCACUGGAUGGCCCACCCUCCACCACGCAUGCCAUGGCCCGGGCCCUCCUCCGCCUCGGGGACCCUGACCGGGCCGCACCCGUCUGCUGCGUGCCCACCCGCCUGGCCCCCAUCUCUCUUCUCUACCUGGAAAAAGGGGUGGUCACCUUCAAGACCAAGUACGAGGACAUGGUGGUGGCCGAGUGCGGCUGCAGAUAGGGGCACCUCCCCCCUUGUCAAUGUGGACUUUGCCCCCCUUGUACAGGUUCCACGGGUCUUAUUUAAGGAGAUGUGUACAGGUCACCUCGCGGGAGAGACAAACACGGUCGUACAAUGGUACACCAGUCAACCCGUGCUCGAAAUAAAUACGAAUGGAGGCAGUUGUGAUCCAUGCAGAAAGUUGAGUGACUAAGUGAAAGUGAAGGACAGGUCCACACUGCCAUAUCAUGCGUUAUAGCAGACAUGGGCCAACUUCGGCCUUCCUUCUGGGUGUUUUGGACUUCAACUCCCACAA